AUGACCUCCGAAAUGCAGAUAGACAACCCCGCCGCUACGGCGGCUGGCCUCAAGGGUGCAAACGGCGAGAUCGACGAGUCGCUGUACAGCAGACAGCUAUACGUUCUUGGGCACGAGGCCAUGAAGCGCAUGGGUCUUUCCGACGUGCUCGUCGUUGGCAUGCGCGGCCUCGGAGUUGAAAUCGCAAAGAACAUCGCCCUCGCCGGCGUCAAGUCACUCACUCUGUACGAUCCUCGCCCUGCUACCAUCGCAGACCUAUCAAGCCAGUUCUUCCUGCAUCCGGAGGACGUCGGUAAACCACGUGCAAAGGUGACGGUGCCGAGAGUGAGCGAGCUGAACCCGUAUACGCCUGUGAAAGAACACCCAGGCGGAGACUUGACUAGUGAUUUGGAGGCGUUGAAGCAGUACAAAGUCGUUGUGCUGACCGAUACGCCGCUGAAGGAUCAGCUUGUUAUUGCAGAGUUCUGCCACAAAGAAGGCAUCUACCUGGUGAUCACGGAUACAUUUGGCUUGUUCGGCACGAUCUUCACAGACUUUGGCAAGAACUUCACGUGCGGUGACCCGACUGGAGAGAACCCUGUGAGUGGCAUUGUGGCUGGCAUAGACGAAGAGGGCAUAGUCACAGUCUUCGACGAGACAAGGCAUGGACUAGAAGAUGGCGACUUUGUGACCUUCCAAGAGGUGGAAGGUCUUGACGGAAUCAACGAAUCUCCACCGCUGAAGAUUGCCGUGAAGGGCCCCUACACAUUCAGCAUCGGCGACGUGUCCAAGUUCAAAGGCAAUUACAAGAGAGGCGGGCUAUACACACAAGUCAAGAUGCCGAAAAUAAUUGACUUCCAGCCACUGUCAGAGCAGCUUAAGCACCCCACCCAGAUGAUAUCCGACUUUGCAAAGUUCGACCGUCCCGCACAGCUACACGUCGGAAUCCAGGCGCUGCAUGCAUACGUCGAGAAAAAUGGUCAGCUUCCACGACCACACAAUGAUGAGGAUGCUUCGACUCUGUUCAAAAUUGCAACAGAGAUUAACGAGAAGGCUGAAGAAAAGGCUGAGCUGGACGAGAAGCUGCUGAAGGAGCUCUCAUACCAGGCACGAGGCGAUUUGGCGCCAAUGAAUGCUGUCUUUGGUGGCCUAGCAGCUCAAGAAGUCCUCAAGUCCGUCUCCGGAAAGUUCCACCCCAUCGUUCAGUACCUGUACUUUGACUCACUUGAAUCGCUACCCGCCUCCAUCGCUCGCACAGAGGCGAACUGUCAGCCCCAGAACUCAAGGUACGAUGGUCAAAUCGUCGUGUUCGGUUCUGAAUUCCAGGAGAAGAUUUCGAAUUUGCGUGAGUUUUUGGUUGGCGCCGGAGCUAUCGGUUGCGAAAUGCUGAAGAAUUGGGCAAUGAUGGGCGUGGCUACGGGACCGAAGGGUAAAAUCAUCGUUACCGAUAUGGAUCAGAUUGAACGCAGCAACUUGAACAGACAGUUCCUGUUCAGGCCAAAGGAUGUCGGCUCACUGAAGAGUGAGACCGCGGCGAAGGCGGUGCAGGCCAUGAACCCGGACCUGAAUGGCAAGAUUGAGUCUCUAAAGGAUCGUGUUGGGCCGGAUACCGAGCACAUCUUCGAUGAGAACUUUUGGCAUUCGUUGGACGGUGUGACCAACGCUCUCGAUAACGUGGAGGCGCGAACCUAUGUCGAUCGUAGAUGCGUCUUCUUCCACAAACCGCUUCUUGACAGUGGUACUCUAGGCACAAAAGGCAACACUCAAGUUGUCCUUCCACGCAUCACGGAAUCAUAUUCGAGCUCGCAAGAUCCACCAGAACAAUCCUUCCCUAUGUGCACACUUAGGAGUUUCCCAAAUCGCAUCGAACACACAAUCGCAUGGGCAAAAGAUCUGUUCCACACUUACUUCGUCGGGCCUGCCGAAAUUGUUAAUAUGUACAUCACCCAGCCAAACUAUCUUGAGUCGACACUCAAGCAAUCUGGCAAUGAGAAGCAGACUCUCGAGACCCUAAGGGACUAUUUGGUGACUGAGAAGCCGCUCACGUUUGAAGACUGCAUCACAUGGGCGCGCCAGGAGUUCCAGAAACAGUACUAUAAUGCCAUCUCCCAGUUACUGUACAAUUUCCCCAAGGACUCGAAAACGUCCAGCGGUCAAGACUUCUGGUCAGGACCUAAGCGCGCACCAGAUCCAAUCGAGUUCGAUCCGAAUAACGAAACCCAUUUUGCUUUCAUUGAAGCAGCCGCUUGUCUUCAUGCCUUCAACUACAACAUUAACACCGCAGGCGUGACACGCGAAACAUAUCUCAAACACCUCGCUGAUGUUGUUGUGCCAGACUUCAAGCCGGACGCAAACGUCAAGAUCCAGGCCAACGACAGCGAUCCAGAUCCCAAUGCAGAUGCGGCGGGUCCGGCAGAGGAUGAGCUCCGCAAGAUCAUCGACAUGCUGCCACCUCCUAAAUCUUUGGCGGGCUUCAGGCUUACCCCUGUUGAGUUUGAGAAGGAUGACGACACCAACCACCACAUCGACUUCAUCACUGCCGCAUCUAACCUGCGUGCUGAAAACUACAAGAUUCCCACAGCAGACAGGCACAAGACCAAGUUCAUCGCUGGCAAGAUCAUUCCCGCGAUCGCGACGACCACUGCCCUCGUCACUGGUCUUGUCAACCUUGAACUGUACAAGAUCCUGGAUGGCAAGACGGAUAUCGAACAGUACAAGAAUGGAUUUGUCAACCUAGCGCUUCCAUUCUUUGGUUUCUCAGAACCGAUCGCCAGUCCCAAAGUUACAUAUAAAGGACCAGGUGGUAAAGACGUUAGCUUAGACAAGAUUUGGGAUCGGUUUGAAGUGGAAGAUAUUACGCUGCAGGACUUCCUCGAUAAAUUCGAGAAUGAGUAUGGCCUAACGAUUAGCAUGAUUUCGAGUGGAGUGAGCUUGUUGUAUGCGAGCUUCUACCCACCGAGCAAGCUGAAGGAUAGGCUUCCUCUGAAGUUAAGCAAUCUAGUCGCUACGAUCAGCAGGAAGGAAAUUCCGGCUCACACGAAGAACAUCAUUCUUGAAAUUACCGCCGAAGAUACUGCCGAGGAAGAUGUUGAAGUGCCGUAUGUGAUGGUGAAGCUCGGUCAUUAA